UUGAGCCCACAGUCAAUACUGCAUUUCCCACGAGGCAGUGCGCGAGCUCGGCGCGUGAGCGAGUGAACGCCGAGGGUCGCGGCGAAACGUUUGUCAGCUUUUCGUUUUUAAACUAAUGUUUCAUCCGUUAAGUGGCCGAGUCGACAAGAAAACCGCCGAUCCCCGGCCCGCCGCCUCGACACUUUUUCAGUCAGAUAUGAGCGGCAGCGGGCGGCCCAGGACGAGUUCGUUCGCUGAGCCUCAGGGGGCGUCCGGAGCCGCUGCAGCAUCCGCCGGAUCCGCCGCUGUCGUGGGGAGCAACACAGGAAAGUCCGGGGUCCCGCAGGCCUCGGCGGACAGUUCAUCUACAUGCGCGAAUUUUAAACUGUCCAGAGACAGUGGGAAGGUGACCACAGUGGUCGCCACCCCAGGCCAGGGCCCGGAUCGGCCGCAGGAGGUGUCCUACACUGAUAUCAAGGUGAUCGGUAAUGGCUCCUUUGGCGUUGUGUAUCAGGCACGCCUCAUUGACAGCCAAGAGUGGGUGGCCAUCAAGAAAGUACUACAGGAUAAACGAUUCAAGAAUCGAGAACUUCAGAUCAUGAGAAAGCUGGAUCACUGCAACAUAGUGAGGCUGCGCUAUUUCUUCUACUGCAGUGGAGAGAAGAAAGAUGAGGUGUACCUCAAUCUGGUUCUGGAUUUUGUGCCUGAGACCGUCUACAGGGUGGCACGACACUUCAGUAAAGCUAAAACCAUUAUUCCCAUCAUUUAUGUGAAGGUAUAUAUGUAUCAGCUUUUUCGCAGUUUGGCCUAUAUUCAUUCCCAGGGCGUGUGUCACAGAGACAUCAAACCACAAAACCUUCUGGUGGAUCCAGAAACCGCUGUGCUUAAGCUCUGUGACUUCGGCAGUGCAAAGCAGCUGGUGAGGGGCGAGCCCAACGUCUCUUACAUCUGUUCGCGUUAUUAUCGUGCCCCUGAGCUCAUCUUUGGUGCGACGGACUACACCUCUAAUAUUGACAUCUGGUCUGCUGGAUGUGUGCUGGCCGAACUGCUGCUGGGUCAACCAAUCUUUCCUGGAGACAGUGGCGUGGACCAGCUAGUUGAGAUUAUUAAGGUACUUGGAACCCCCACAAGGGAACAGAUUCGUGAAAUGAACCCCAACUAUACAGAGUUCAAAUUCCCCCAAAUCAAAGCACAUCCAUGGACCAAGGUUUUUAAACCAAGAACUCCUCCUGAAGCAAUCGCUCUGUGUUCUCGGCUAUUGGAGUACACGCCGGUCACACGCCUGUCCCCGCUGCAGGCUUGUGCUCACGCCUUCUUCGACGACCUGCGUCAACCUGGUAUCCGUCUGCCCAGCGGUCGAGAGUUGCCUCCGCUUUUCAAUUUUACCACGGCAGAGCUGAUGAUUCAGCCCCAGCUCAAUUCCUCUCUGAUUCCACCUCAUGCACGUGCACAGACUACGGCCUGCAGCGAUGGUUCUGAAGGUUCUGUACAGCCUGGAUCUACUCUGACCAACAGCACCUGAGGCCAAAAAGCCCCCCCCCCAAAAAAAACAAAGCUUGCGCACUGAAACAUCUGAGCCACCACAGCGCAUUCUCUCUCUCGCUGACAAACACAUAUACAGUCUACAUCAUACAUGGCUUACUUCUCCCUAUAGCGCCGAUUUCACACAUUUAUAGACUUAAUCAAGCGCCACACCUUCCAGAAUUACCAGUGACUGACAGAUCUAUACCACUAGCAGUGGUUUUGGUAAGGAAAGCCACAUGUUUGAUGACCACUGAUUAAAACCGUACUGUACACAUACACACUGCCAUGUCCAUGCAGCAAACAACAACAGAGUUAUACUGCUAAUAUUUGCUUCAGAUAAUAGAGGUAGUCAAUCUCGAGCAUCCAAUCUACUACUAACGGUGUGCGCAAGUUAUUGAGAUUAUGAUAUAUGGCUGGGUUAGUGGCUAACGGGGCAGGUCCUCUGUUUAUUAUAAUAUCAUUUUUGCAAAUAAGGUUUUAUGUUAAUUUAUUACAACAUUUACAGUUUCCCUCGAUGCCCAAUUUAUCUCCUUCGUUUGUGUAAUGCGCACUGUGGAAACAAGCAGUCAUGGUAAAUUAUGUAUCUGGUUGGAAAUGUCAGAUACGUAAGAAAAUGUGGUGGUUUUAUACAGUUAUUAUAUUGUAUUUUUAAAACACGACAAUAAUCUCUUUGCUUUUACGUUUCAGUAAAUGUAUUUAUUAUUUUAAAAUGUGAAUAGGAUUUAUGGGAAAGCAUCUUUAGAUGUUUCCAGAUGAAGGCAUGGGAAAUGUUUUAUGUUUCUUGUCAACCAUUUAAGAUUGAGUGAACAGUGUGUGCGAGAAUUAAGUAUAAUAAUGAAGUUAAUAUGAUGUCAUUGAGUCGGCAAUUUGGGUAAGAUAAACUAAAGUGACUUUAUAUGCCUGGGCAUUUAGUUUUUAUUGACUGUAAAUUGUUUCAGGAUUAUAUUUAAUCUGUGCUUGUGAGAUUAUAAAACAUUUAAUUGUAGUGACCGUCAGGUCUUAAGGCUGAAUCAGUGUCUCAUUAAGUUUCUGUAAUAGCGUUUCAGUCAUCAUGAUUGUAAGGUAAAUGAAGUUUCUCUUAAAUUUUAAUGCCUGUGUGCACAGUGGUAGAAGAGUUGUGUAGAAAAUGUUUGUGAAUCUGCACACAACUUGUAAUGUCAGAUGUUUUAAGACAGAUGAUCUCAGUCAACAAUAUUGAUGAAUACCUCUUAGUUUCAAAAAUUAUUUGCAAAUUAUUUGUAAUUAUUUGGUUUGUUAGACUUAAUUGUCACCUUAUGUUCAGUGGGUGUGGCUUAACUAGAUUAGCUCCACCCAUCUGUUUGUAAAUAUACAGUGUUUUUAAAUCAUGUAAGAUGUAAAUAUCAAAACUGUACCACUUUUUGUGUUUUUGUUCAGUUUUCAUCUUUCCGUCUUCUCUUUAAUUCGAAGAGGUCAGUGUCAGAUUUGUCACAUUUGCAUUAUUUAUUUAUUUGCACUGGGCUGUUGUCUCUUAAGUAAAUUUGGGGCUGAAAGUU